AUGGCCUGGGAAGAUGAUGAUCGUGUGCGACGGCGAGGCAGGCAGGUUGACCGCGGGUUUAGCAGCGGCGGCGUGGUUGACAAGAGCUUCAACAACGGCGACAGCACCGACAGCUAUGGCGGUGAGGGCGGUAGCGGCGGUAGAUUAGGGGGAGGGUGGGCAGAUUCUGACGGCGGUGGCGGCGGCCGCAGCAGUCGGCAACAAAAUUCUUCGGACGGGCGAGGAAGAGGAGGAGGUGGCAACUACAGAAGUGGGGGAGGUAGCCGCGGAGGCAACGGGCGAUACGAGCAACGAGGCCGCGGGCGGGGACGAGGUUGGGACCAGGCAGCCGACAGCAGUAGCAGAGGGGACGGUGCAAGGGGUGGGCGUGGCGGCUACGAUCGGGAUUUCGGUGGGCGGGAGAGCGGGGGCCGUAGUAGCUCCAGCUGGGACGACAACAGAAGUAGAGGCCGGGGGCGGGGGGGGCAGGGACGCGGUCGCGGCCGCUCCUCGCACGGCGGUAGGGAAGGCGGCGGCCGCUCUUACGGUGGGAGAGAGAGCUCAUUCCGGGGGCGGCAAAACGAUGCAGGUGGUAGGGAUCGCGCGGACGACAGGCCGUCUCGAGCGUGGACUCCUUCCUCAGGAGGCGGCGGAGCCACCUACCAAGCGGAGCUUUCCCCCACCCACAACGCGGACGAGGACACGAACUUCGACAUGGUGUAUGGCAUCGCCCCUGUGCUCAACGUGCUGAGGAACAAUCGGCGCGAGAAGCUCGGACUGUACUGCCAGGAUGGAUUGGCGCCGGCGAACAAGAAGGACCGCGCCGCGGCGAACCGGAUCUACGACAUCGCCAGAGAGACCGACGUUCCGAUGACCACGACCGACAAGGGCUACCUCAACACGCUCUGCGGGAACCGCCCCCACCAGGGCUUCAUCCUCAAGGCGCGCCCUCUCAAGUUCGAGCCCAUCCUCUUCCUGCCGCGCGUCGAAGACGUCGAAGCCGACCCCUCGGUCGAAGCAACAGCAACAGAGGCAGACGCCGAGACAUCGCCAGAACACGACGACGAUGACGACGGACAAGAAGAGGACCGUAGUGCUGCUGCCGCACCCAAGAAGCCCCCGGCGCCCUUGGCAGCGGCCGCCACCGGGCAGGUCUGGCUGGCGCUGGACGAGGUCACGGACCCCCAGAACUUCGGCGCGCUCCUCCGCUCCGCCCACUUCUUCGGGGCCUCGGGGGUCGUCGCGUGCGCCAAGAACUCGGCCGCCCUCACGGCAACCGUGAGCAAGUCCAGCGCGGGCGCCGUGGAGGUCAUGCGCGUCCACUCGACCGCCAACAUGAUGCGGUUCCUGAAGCGGAGCCGGGAGAACGGGUGGAGGGUCGUGGGCACCUCGGUCAGCGAGAGGUCGGGGCCGCUCCACGAGCUCCCAGCGGGCCCGGGGGCCCCGCCGACUAUCGUAGUGCUCGGGAACGAGGGGUACGGCGUGCGCACCAACGUCCUGAGGGAGUGCGAGUUCUUGGUGGAGGUCGCGGGGGACGGCGGGGGCGCGCUGGCCGAGGGGGCGACGCCUUCGACGGUUGACUCGCUCAACGUUAGCGUCACCGGGGGGGUUGUUCUGUUCCAUUUGCUCGCCGGCGCGAAACACGCCGCGGCAUACGCAGCUUCUUCGGAGUGAUUCGCGUGUGCGAUUCUUGAAUGAAGUAAAGCGGCUCGGAUGUGAUAAUGUUUUUGCACAAAGUCAAGGGGAUAUUUUGGUUGUGAUCAUGAUUUUUUUUUAGUGUUGCGUGCUGCUGCUGCUGCGGCUGCUACGGCUGCAGCGGGAGAACAUGGCGGACGCAGCUUGCACUUCAUGUGCGUGAUGUUCCGUGUAAGCAAACGGCGCCAAAAUCCCGCUAGACACAUGAACAGUAGUGAAAACGAAAUUGUCUGUGCAAAUCCAAAUCGUCGCCACUCAGGCAUACGG